GCGGGUUUUAAAAUUAAUAGUAAAGCUCUUGAUGAAUAUCCGCUGUGUGCCACGAAUUAACCACCUCUCGGUACCGGUGAAGCAUCACAUAGGGUCCUUUCUGAUACCAAAACACCACCACCUCACCAAAUCCCCGUCUUCAUCGUCCCCCGGGUUCAGUUCCCAUGUUCCUUGCCUUGUGUACCCUCCACCCUAUAAUAGCAAACUCAUGUUCAAACAGUCGACCGUGGUGUUAAGCGACAAUAUUUCCCCUCAGGAGCAAGAGAAAAAGGCUAACCUUGGAAAGACCAUCGAAGAGCUCAAGAUUUUGAUCCCCAAUAUGUUGAAGAAAUCUCUUCCGAAACAGCUCAUAUCCCCAGAUAUCCUAUUACGUAUUUGUCCCACUCAUUUCGACGAGUUGAACUACUUCUUGCCCAAUAUCAAAGGUCAUGUGCUGUAUUAUACCACCUUGAAGACCCUUCAGCUUGUGCUCACCUCGAUCGUUUUGAACCCAAAGGUUAAGUUGCACAUCCAGUCCAUUAAAGUAAUGAGCCCCAGCGAAUCAAAUAUCGAAUUUCUAUGUGUUUUCCCUCACACCACCAAAAUCCAGGUUAGGUGGUCGACCUGUAACGAGGGAUGCCCACACCUCCUCGAAGGAACGGUUCCAGGGGUGGAGAAUUCUUCAAAUAUAGUCUCUACUGCCAAUGCUAAGCUUGGUUCUCAUAGCUGGGCCAAAGUGGAUGCUCUGAAAUUCCCCAAAUUAAAUACUGCUCCCGAUGAUUUGAGAGUAAAGUCCAUCUCACAAACGAUUUCCCAUUUGACAGCUGGCUUGGUAGGGUUGCUGAAAGCACAGAACCAGAUGGAGAGAGUUAUUAGUGGAUUUUUCAUCUUUGAGUUGAACGAAGACCACUCGCAGAUUGUGGUGCAUACGAUUGAAGAUGUGGAUAUCGUGGAGAAGAGCAGCACCGAAGAGGUGGGCGGGUUGCGUAUAUGUUAAGUGCUGUUCUCCUGUCGUGUUGUAAAUAUCUUCUUGUCGAGUUGUAAUAUCUGCAUUCUUGGUGAGUUGUAAAUAUCUGCAUUGCGUACUGCUCACGUGUAUGUGAAUCGCAAUCCUAAAUACUCUGUACAUAGCUAAUGACAUCUUCUAUUACUUUUCACAACUGCCUUGUCAAGUUCUUCAUGAUCUCAACCACAGGCAACUCAUGCUGCACUAAAUCAUAGUUCUGUCCUACCAAGUAAAACCCAUAUUCAGGUCCCUUGGUACCCCUCCAUUGCUUAUAUCCGUGGUAGCCAUACUGAAAUGGAGGAAGCUCAAGCCCUUUACUGUUUUUGAUCAACUUCUCGAUGAACGGAGUUCGUAAGCAUCUAGCACUUCUUCCACUCACCAAGUCCGUCAUAAUAGUGGGAUUACUGCUGUUACCAAUGAACAGAUUAUUCAAUGACUCGGCUGCUGUCACAAAAGCCGUCCCCAAUUGCACUCCACUUGCUCCGUUAUCCAAAUAAUACUUGAUAUCAGAGCUCGACACAAUUCCUCCCGCAGGUACCACAAAACAAUCGGGAUUAAGGGCUUUGACCUUGGAAAAUAAACUCCAUGUAGACAAAUUCUCGUCCAAUUCAAAGUCAAUAAAGUUACCU